UAGAUUGUUAGCUAGAAAGCAAUAACCAACUUCUAGUUCAUCAUGCGUAUCCCCGCAGUCUGAAAAACCUAACCCAUGCACGCUUGACCUAAUAUCUUAAUCCUUCUUUACGUUUGAGGCAAAUCUGCUUAAUAGUUACAGGAAGAUCUUGGAUGAUCUUGAAUGACAGAAGUCGCGUAAUAAAUUGCUUCCAAAAUUAUUUACGGACAACCCCAUCUUAUGGCUCGGCUAUCGUGUGAAGUAAAAGCCACCUGUCCACGAGACCGAGGGUGGAGAUAACUACUAUGUAUGUACUAUUGAGAUAGCGAAGGCUGUCCAUUGUCUGGGCCGCUUUGCGCUGUGUAUCCGCAUAUCAAUCAGCGAUCCGAUUCCAGAAACCGUCCGUUAAUUUACGACUCGCAAUAUAAACCAUUGGUGGUCGCGGGUCCGACCAAGCUCAGUCGUUGCUCGAAGCUCACAACGGGAGGAUGACCGACACAGUGGAGGUGUCAACCGAUAGCCAUGGUCUGCUCGUGGCCAAAAUAGUCGCCAUGGUAGUGCUUGUGGUGAUUACCGUACUCUGCGGCAGCCUGCCGUACAUCCUCGACCGUUGGUUGGAGUGGACCAAGAAGAGUCCGGAGGAGACCCGUGCGUCGGCGGUGGUGCGCUGCCUGCUUUUCUUCGGGGGCGGCGUGCUAAUCUGCACCACCUUCCUGCACAUGCUGCCGGAGGUGAUCGAGGUGGUGAAUGCACUGCAGCACUGCGGAAUGCUUGCAGUGACGCCCUUCGCCCUGCCCGAGAUGCUGCUCUGCACCGGCUUUUUCCUGAUGUACGUCUUGGAUGAGCUAAUGACGGCGUUCGUGCGCCGUCACCAGCAGAAGCUUAGCCGGAAGGAGUCAGUUGCCAGCGGGGCCUUCGCGAGGGGACACGGCAUACGGCACAGUGUCCUGCUAAAGGGGAAGGAGACGGCAAAAGAUGAGGUAAUGGUUGUGGAAUCUCAGGCAGUGAGCGAUCACCACGAGCACGGGCACAGACACUCACAUUUGCCAGUGCCAUCUGGUGAAGGAUCCUCGGCACGGGGACUGGGUAUUAUUCUGGCAUUGUCCCUGCACGAGCUUUUCGAGGGAAUGGCCAUCGGUUUGGAGAAUAGCGUGAGCACGGUUUGGUUCAUGUUCGGCGCGGUGGCCGCUCACAAGCUGGUCUUGGCGUUCUGCGUGGGCAUGGAGCUCUUGGUGGCUCGAACCCGCGGCUCUCUGGCCAUUGUGUAUUUGGUGACAUUCUCGAUCGUCACGCCCAUAGGUAUUGGGGUGGGUCUUGGCAUAAGUCAGCAGGUGGUGGCGGGUCAGCCCAGUCUGCCCUCGGGAGUUCUCCAAGGCAUUGCUUGCGGGACCCUGCUUUACGUGGUAUUCUUCGAGAUUCUCACUGAAAGCCACGCCGGUUGGCGAGCUCUCAUUUCGGCCCUGGCUGGUUUCAGUCUCAUGUUCGGACUGCAAAUUCUGUCUGACGAAGCGGAAGGUGAUGACAGUCUGUCUUGUUCCUAGACCACCUGGAGAAGCACCAUCCUGACUGAACUCAUUUCGUCUCUGUCUUUAUAUUGUUAUUUAAGUAUGUAUUUGUGGAUGAAUAAAUUUAUGAAGCAUUCUUGGAUCCUACGCUCCACAUACGCUCCAUAAAUGCGAA